GACUGCUGCUGAGUGUAUGAGUGAGUAACAUGGCUGCGCGUGUGGGGAAGCGAGGUGCGGGGGGUGAGGAUGAGCUGCCGCCCCUACAGGCCGUGCUGAUAGCCGACAGCUUCAACAGAAGGUUUUACCCGAUUACCAAGGAUCGGCCACGGGCUCUCUUACCACUGGCUAAUGUGGCUUUAAUUGACUAUACACUGGAAUUCCUCACUGCCACUGGUGUUAAAGAAACAUUUGUGUUUUGCUGCUGGAUGGCAAAUGAAAUAAAGGAUCACCUGAGGAACUCUAAGUGGUGUCGGGCGACCAGCUCCAAUGUUGUGCGUGUGGUGACCUCAGAACUUUACCGCUCACUUGGAGAUGUUCUCAGAGAUGUGGAUGCCAAAUCCUUACUGCGAUCGGACUUUCUGUUGGUCACUGGAGACGUAGUGUCUAAUAUUAACAUUGAAGCAGCUGUAGAGGAGCACAGAGCACGUCGAAAGCUAGAGAAGAAUAUUUCAGUUAUGACCAUGAUCCUGAAGGAGUCCUCUCCAGGCCACCGCACAAGGUGUCAGGAGGAUGAUGUCCUUAUUGCUAUGGAUAGUAAGAAAAAAAGAGUGCUGCUUUUUCAAAAAAGCCAGGACUUGGCACGCUACCAUUUCCCUACGAGUAUCUUCCAGAGUAAGACAGAUGAGAUAGAGCUGCGUCAUGAUUUACUAGACUGUCACAUUAGCAUCUGUUCUCCACAGGUUGCGGAGUUAUUCACAGACAAUUUUGAUUACCAAACUAGGGAUGACUUUGUCCGUGGCAUCCUUGUUAAUGAAGAGAUUUUGGGGAAUCAGAUUCACCUUCACGUGACUCAGGAAGAGUAUGGUGCUCGGGUUUCCAACUUGUCAGUGUACGAGGCUGUAACUUCUGAUAUCCUGUGCCGCUGGCUCUACCCCAUAACCCCUGAAGCCAACUUCACGGACCAGGAGGCACAGAAUUAUACACACUCCCGUCACAAUAUUUACAGGGGGUCUGAGGUCAGCCGUGGCCAUGGCAGUGUGCUGCAUGAGACUGUGCUAAUUGGGAGCAGCACGACCAUUGGGGCAAAAUGUAGCAUCAGCAAUACCAGUAUUGGCAGAAACUGCAGAAUCGGGGAUAGGGUAGUCCUGGAUAAUGUGUGUAUUUGGGAUGGUGUUCACAUCGAAGAUGAUGUCACAAUUAGGCAGUCUCUAAUUUGCAAUAAUGUCAUUGUGAAGAAUAGAGUACAGAUUAAUCCCCGAUGUGUCUUAACUUCAAAGGUUAUUGUUGGCCCCGAUUUACAGCUGCCAGAGAACACUGUUAUUUCUCUGCAUCAUCCAGAUGAGGAUGAAGAAGAUGAUGAUGAAUUUAGUGAUGAUGCAGCAACUGGAAAAGAGGAAGAACGAUUGAAGGUCAAAGCAUACAAUAAAGCAGAGGUUGGGUCAGAAGGUGAAGGAUACGUAUGGAAGUCUUCAGUGCUGCCAGACGAAGAGGAAGAAGAGUUGCAGAUGAGCCUGUGGGGCCUCAGUAUAACCAGAGAGGAGGACAGUGACAGUGACAGUGGAAAGAGUUCAUGUUCAGAGCAAAUAGACAGUCGGCCAGCUUCCCCUCUUCUGGAUGACAUUAAAGUUUUUCAGAACGAGGUUUUGGGAACUUUGCAGAGGGGAGUAGAGGAGAACAUCACGUGUGAUAAUCUUGUGUUAGAAAUCAACUCACUCAAAUAUGCCUAUAAUAUCUCCCUUGUGGAAGUGAUGCAAGUUCUGUGCAAGGUGGUCCUGGAGUUUCCAUUGCAGCAGUUAAAUGGAGUGCUUGAUGUUAAUCCUUACUGCAAUGUUUUGUUACCUCUCCUGAAAAUAUGGACCCCACUUCUUAAGAACUACAUUAAGCGUGCUACAGACCAUUUGUGCUGUCUUAGUGCAAUGGAAGAUUUCUUCUUGGACCAUGAGCCUCUUUGGGCAGCAGUAGCAAAGGUUCUGAUGGGAUUCUACCAGCAGGAUGUGCUAGCAGAGGAGAUGAUUCUUCGCUGGUUUUCACAAACAGACAUUACAGACAAAGGCAGGCAGUUGCGUAAAAAGCAAGUGCUUCAGAAGUUUAUACAGUGGUUGGAAGAAGCAGAAGAGGAAUCUUCAGAUGAGGAGUGAGGAAGGGGGAAGUUACCUAGCCGCCUUCUCAUCUCCACAUGUUGUUGCUGUCUGGUAUACAGUAUAUGGAACAUCUCACUGCUCUGAUUCCUGCACCAGCAUGCAGAAGCUGACAUUCAGAGAAUGGCUCCAUUAACAUUCAGUUCAGGGCCUGAAUGGCAUAGUCUACUUACCAAGGAAUUUUUUGAGCCUGCCCUUUCUGAACUAAGUGUAUCAGUAUAGGAAUUGCUUUUUAUACCACUUUGUGGUGUGAUAGUUACAUUGCAUUCAAGGGAAAUAUAUUUGCUGAUACAUAAAGUAUUGCACUUUGUGUUUACUGAUGCUCUGGGCAUUGCUUAUUUUAAAACAACUUUCUAUAAAACAUAUUAUAUUACAUCCUUCUCCUUUGAUUAACCUGUGGAAAGGCAGUGACAUUUCUGUAAUUAUUCCUCUAUGACCAAGGAUCCGCUAUAAUCUGCCAGGAGCUCGCUGCGUGACCACCUGCACCGGUGCCGACCUUUACCGGACGGAGAAAAUUUUAUGUUUUGAGUGAAAAUAUUUAUUUCAGGGAAUAAAUAAAAACUAUAUGAAUUUG